AUGAAUGCAUUGUUGAGGAAAAAAUCAUUACAGAUAAUGGAGCACCUUAUGACAAAGCCAUGCUCUUCUAUCUUUAAUAAUGCACAAAGGAUGAAGCUUCAUAAGAAUGAUAAGGUUGCGCAACCAGCAGAAAACCAACUUUGCCUAAAUUUAAUUAAACAGAAAAUAUUAGAAAACAAAUACCAGCGCAUACAGAACUGGUUUGACGAUAUUGAGCAACUUUGGACUGAAAUAGAAAUACAACCAUCAAUUGAACCAGAAAUUCUUUGCUGUGUUUCGGAAAGCAGAAAAUUGUUCAAUAAGGAACGCAGGUCUAUUGAUAUUCUUUCAACUUCUAGUUGGCCAGAUGAACUUGCACGCGUUAAAACAAAAUUAUUAGUUGCAAUGUCUUUCCCACCACCAAAGAUCAAACAAGUUGCAUGCAACUUAAAUAAUUCGCUUAUACCAAAACCAGAGGUCCCGGCUAUUGACGAGAAAGAACUUCGCGCCUUUGUAAAAGCAUCAGAUAUGAUGGAAACAGAGGAAGAGAACAAUGAGAUCAACAGAAUAUUACUGGAAAUGCAACCAGAAAUUAAUAUCCCGGAGAAUUCAAGCGCUCUUGUUGAUGUUACGGCUUUAUCAGUACAAACCAUCCAAGCACUCAAAGCAUACAUGAAAUCUCGCUUAGAAGAGAGAGGUUUACAAUACCCUACAUCAUAA